CGUUCGUCACGUGACCCGUUCUCCCGCCCCCCUACUGCCUGCUCGCCUCCAUUUUGUUUGAUUGUGGACUCCACAGUGACUCUGGGCAGCUGCUAAACACUGAAACAUCCCGUAAAGAAACAUUUCCAGCAGCAACAUGAGCGGAUGUCGUAUCUUCAUCGGCCGCCUUGCCCCCACGGCCAGGGAGAAGGACGUGGAGAGGUUCUUCAAGGGAUACGGCCGCAUCCGAGACAUCGACCUGAAGAGGGGCUUCGGCUUCGUGGAGUUUGACGAUCCCAGAGAUGCUGAAGAUGCCGUGUAUGAGCUUGAUGGCAAAGAGCUGUGCAGUGAAAGGGUGACCAUUGAGCACGCCCGUGUUCGCCUGCGUGGCGGCCGUGGCAGAGGCGGCAGCAGCAGCGGCGGUGGUAGAGAUGGUGGAGGUAGAGAUGGUGGUGGUGGUGGGGGCGGUGGACGCUUCUCCGCUGAUCGCUAUGGUCGCGGUUCCCAGAACAGUCGGAGUCGAAACCCUCCUCCGAUGAGGACGGAAAACCGCCUGAUUGUGGAGAAUUUGUCCUCUCGCGUCAGCUGGCAGGACCUGAAAGAUUUCAUGAGACAAGCUGGAGAAGUGACAUUCGCAGACGCACAUCGGCCCAAACUCAACGAAGGGGUUGUUGAGUUUGCCUCUUACAGCGAUCUGAAAAAUGCCCUUGACAAACUGUCUGGAAAGGAAAUCAAUGGCAGGAAAAUCAAGCUCAUAGAGGCAGCCAAGAAGAGGUCCAGAAGUCGUUCCCGGUCUGACAGCACCUCUCGCUCCCGGUCUCGUUCCCGCGGUCGCUCUCCCUCCCGUUCCCCCCGACGCUCCCGCAGCCCCGCCAAGGCCCACAACCGCUCCCGAUCCCGCUCCCCCCGCAGUCGCAGCCGCAGUGGCUCUCCUGGCGCCAGCCCUAAAUCCCCCACGCCCAAAUCCAAGGAGGUCCCCAAGCGCCUCUCCAAGACGAGCAAGUCUGCCUCGCCACCCUCCCCUCGGCCCGCCCAGAGAGCCUCAAUGUCCCGUUCACGCUCUCGUUCCCGCUCCCGCUCUCGCUCUAGAUCUCGUUCCCGCUCUAUCAGCAGCCAGCGCUAAGGGCCAGGUUUACGUUUAGUGGGAAUCAACUGUAGGAACAAGUUGUUUCGGUCGUAGAUUCAGCUCGGAGGAGUUGCCACAUGCGUAACGUUUUUUUUUUUUGUUCUCGACUGGAUUUCAAGUUUUUCACAUUAAACACACAAGUUGUCAGUUAAAAUCAGUCCAUUGUCAUUAUUGGGCAUUUAAGUUCAAGUCAGCAGAUUCACAUUUCGCCUGAAGUAUUGACUCAUAUGCAUGUUUACACCCAGUCAGUCCAGCCCCCCCCCCCCCCCCCCCACAGCGUCUACGUUCAUUCUACACGAAUCUGUGUGUUUCAGCAGCUGCGGGACGCUUCUGAUAGAUUGUGCAACCACUUUCUUUACUUCCUGUGAUACUUUUGCUCGUAGUUUGGAUACUUUUUUUAACCUUAACAUAUUUUUCUCCGUGUCGCUCAUUUUCGAAGCCUUUUCGUGUCUUUUCCCAUUUUUCUCGCGUACUGUACCCACCGCUGCUGUGAUGUGUAGAACCUUGGAGGCUUGCAUGUGCUCUUGUUUGCUCAAAAUUCAGAAUCUCAUGAAAUGAAUACUUAAAUCGUCCUUCAUCAUCAUAACCAACUUUUGCAGCUUCUGUAUCAAGAACAUUUGUACAAUUGAGCACAUUUCCCCACCGGUUAAAGAGCUGUACAGUAAUUAACAUCAGUUCAAGGAUCUUGCGGUGACUGUGAGGCUUUUAUUUUGUAGGGGGAUGUUCAUCUCUCUGAUCUCAACACUUAAAAAUAGAGUUGAUGCAUAAAGCAGUUUAUUAUAGCAUUUUACUGAAUGUUAUUUCAUCUUGUUUUGUUUAGGGUUUUGUGUACAGCAUUGGAGACUUUUGUUUUUACAUAAUUGUAUAAAUGUAAUUCCAAGAAACCUUGUUGGUAAUGUGACGGGUUAAAGUUACUGUGGUUCAAAUGAACAUUGUGGAAAAUACAACAUUUUUUACCGUUGGAUUGUAUUUUCAGUGAAAUCAAUUAUGAUGGACGUUUGUACGCUGUAGGAAGACAGUGGACUCAAUAAAAAACAUUUUAAACUAA